CACCAGCACAUACUCAUCACCAUCGUUUGGCCUCUUUCUGGGCUUGCACAGUGCCAGAACAGACUGACUCACACACACUUUAUCCUGUUGUUCUUCACUUGACUUAGAAAUAGACUCCAUUAAUAAUACGUCACUGUGAUAGGGGGUGUUCCAGCUGAGGGCCUUGAAAGACUUUACUAACCUGGCAGCAUUCAGCUUCACAACACCCCUGAGAGCGAGGAACGAUUACCCCCAUUUUAUAGAUGGGAAAAUUGAGCCACAAAUUGCCAAUGGUGUUUGGGGGAUUCAGAGACUAUGGUGCUGGUGAACAGUAUAAAACCCUAAGAUUAGAUGGCUAGAUGAGCUGGAAUCACAGAGCAGAAAGGUAGAAAUAGAAGGCAGGCAUCCAAACUAAUCGUCCCUUGUACAUUCGUAUCCUCCUUUGCCAAGCACUUGAGCCCUGUCGAUGAAAAUACUAACCAGAAACAAAGCACCACAUUCCAGGACUUUUCCCUUUGCCCCCACCCACCUUGGCUAGUUCCCCAUUGACUCUAGUUAAAGGCCCCUCAUAUUCCUGAGCCUGGCUGCUGUAAGAGGGACCCAUUUGGGGUUUUUCACCAGCCUACUUUUCCCCUUCUCUCCUCACUUGUUUACUUAGCAAAGGUUGGCUCUCCUGUUUUUAUGGCCUGGCAGGAUUUCUAGUGAAAAUGUGAAAUGUUCAUUUUUCCUGCCGGGACCGAGGAAAGCAGCAUGCCACGGUGUCACUGGCCUUGCUUUGGCGUAUGCUGACCCAGAUCAAAAAGUCCGGGGUUACUUACGUUUCAGGCUUAAGCUGUUGAAUGCCACCUGGAUCAAUGAUUAGCCUAGGCACUAAUCUGUAGUUUGCAUGGACAAACGCAGUGAAGUUACUGGGCAAGUGACUGUCCUGUAUCAAUGACAAAGGGUCAUGAGAGAGGGGGAUGGGUAAAAGAGGAGUACACAGGAGCGGUCUAUGCAUUUUACACCCUUUCUCUGCUCAAGGAGGAGACUCUUUCCAAGAGGAAGGAAAGUGGUCAGCUCCCAUACCUGCUCCUGCCCUGUCAAUGCAGCGAGCCCUCACCCAGGGCCAGAACCAACACUCUGGGGAGGUUGCAAGCCAGAGACAGGAGGAGGCAGGACGGGGGUCAAGCCGUAAAUGAGACAUAAGCUUUACAGAGAGGAGCUCAACCUAACUUCUCCUGACUCGCUGCUGCAGCUUGGGCGGGAAGCAAGCUGGCUCCAAUUCCACCUGGGCAUCAGUCGCUAUGGGCUGUACCCCCGAUCCAGCCCGGCCAUUAACAAACUCCUCCACGCCAUGCAAGAUUUUAACACUGUCAGUGCCGAUUACAGUCAGGAUGAGAAAGCUUUAUUAGGAGCCUGUGACUGCACCCAGAUUGUGAAGCCCAGCGGUGUACAUCUGAAACUGGUCCUGAGGUUCCAGGACUUUGGGAAAGCCAUGUUCAAACCCAUGAGACAGGAACGAGAGGAAGAGACUCCAGAAGAUUGUUUCUACUUCGUUGACUUUCAGAGGCACAAUGCGGAAAUAGCUGCCUUUCACCUCGACAGGAUCCUGGAUUUCCGACGGGUCCCGCCUACGAUUGGAAGGUUGAUCAACGUCACCAAGGACAUCCUGGAGGUCACCAAGAAUGAAAUCCUACAGAGCGUCUUCUUCGUUUCACCCGCCAGCAACGUGUGUUUCUUUGCGAAGUGCCCGUACAUGUGCAAGACGGAGUACGCCGUGUGUGGGAACCCUCACCUGCUGGAGGGAUCCCUCUCCGCUUUCCUGCCGUCCCUCAAUCUGGCCCCGAGACUCUCCAUCCCAAACCCCUGGAUCCGGUCCUACUCGUUUGCUGGAAAAGAGGAGUGGGAAGUGAAUCCACUUUACUGCAACACGGUGAGGGAGAUUUACCCCUACAACAGCGGCAACCGGCUGCUCAAUAUCAUCGACAUGGCCAUAUUUGACUUCCUGAUAGGGAACAUGGACCGUCAUCACUAUGAAAUGUUCACUAAGUUCGGGGAUGAAGGCUUCCUCAUUCAUCUGGACAAUGCCAGAGGCUUUGGAAGACAUUCCCAUGAUGAAACCUCCAUCCUGGCGCCGCUCUCCCAGUGCUGCAUAAUAAAGAGGACAACGUUAUUACACCUGCAGCUCCUGGCCCUGCCGGAGUACCGGCUCAGUGAUGUCAUGAGGGAAUCCCUCCUGCUGGAUCACCUUGCACCUGUCCUCACUGAACCUCACCUCUUAGCUUUGGACAGACGGUUGUGGCUCAUCCUGAAGACCGUGGGGAAAUGCAUAGAUGCACAUGGAGAAGACAAGGUUGUGGCCAAUGACACCAAGCAGGUGGAAGUGCCCUUUUUUGACAGAGUGACACCAACCAGCUAGAGCCUUAAAUUCUUUUGGGGGCAGGGAAGAGCCCCUGGGAGCCAGCAGGUGAACUUUAAUUGCUGAUAAUUUUCACCUACACCAGCCUGUUGGAUUGAGAGGGGAGGCUCUUUGGAAGGGCUCAGAUUCUUACUGGGCUUUUAUGGUGAUUGCCCCACUAAAGCUUCAGUGCAUGGGGUAAACUUUUGCCAAGUACAUUUGCAGGCCAGGGGCUGACCACUACACUCAUUCCAUGAGCUGCUGUCCUUCAGUGGAGCAGCCCAGACUCAUCUGCCCUGUAGCUGCAGGGCAUGCCGCUGGUAAGAGUCUGGGCAUUGGCUCGCUGUACCUGCCCAGGAGCUGCGUCCUGUCCUUGAGAUGCCCCAAAACUGGAUCCAAGAAUGAAGCUGGAAUAAAGCAAUGCUGAAAGGAAAAUGUGCUUAGGAGGGCCAGGUUCUGUGAGAGAGUUCAUGCCUUUGAGUCAAAGUGGCCUUCAUCACGUCAUUUCCUGUAGAAUGCUAGGGCAGCAUCUGUCACUUGAAAGUCAAGAAGGCACAUAGGGCCAGCUCGGCACCACCUGUCUACUAUUCAUGCAAUCAGAAGCACCUCCAUCAGCCUUGGGUAAAAUGACAAGCAGCUCCAGGUGAGUUGCGUGUCACAAGGCCCACUUCACACAGCCAAAGAUUUGAGUUUUUCAGCUGGCGUUAUGGGGGUGGGGAGGAAGAGAAAUCAUGCUCUGGGUUGUAAAGGACAGGCCAUUUAGCAUUCAUGCUAUUUAGGCCGCUGCAGUGCAGUUCUGCAAAAGAUAAAGAGCUUGACGAAGAUGCAGCACUGUUAAACCCACUCAGCCGAGAACUGGGCUGCGAAGCAAGGGGCUCUCUCUCAGGUUAACGUAGGCACAGAAUAACAGUGUUAAAAACCAACAUUUAUUUAAGCAGUUGUAAGGCAGUCCAUCAGAACACAGUGGAAGCUAGCAACCGAUUGAACUCUGCAGAGGUGCUAGAGAGAAUCAAAAAGUAUCGUAGGAACUGGAGACCAAAACAAAACAUGCCAGCUCCUCAAAAGGCCUGAGAUAAGCUGUCCUCUUCCCCUUGC